GCAAAAGUAACAUCCGAAGUAGGUACCUGAAAAUUCCACUUGGUUGACUUUGUCGUUUUUCCUCCGCCGAAAGGGUUUCGAUUUCGGUCAUUUAUUUCGCCGGCGGAGAUUCGUCUCUUGUGAAAGCUCCACGGUGCACUGCGCACCUGGCGCUCCACUCCUUUCUAUUUCUAAACCACUGCGUUUAAUUUUAGGGAAACAGAACUCUUAAGGAAGAGAUAAGGAUAUGAAAGAGGUGUUGGCAUGGUUGCUCUUCUUCUUCAUACUCAUUGCUCUCCUCGUUAUGAUCGUAUUCCAGCUUAUGUGUUUGGCGGAUUUAGAAUUUGAUUACAUCAAUCCGUAUGACUCAGCAUCUCGAAUAAACCGAGUAGUUUUACCGGAGUUCAUCACACAAGGAGUUCUCUGCUUCCUCUUCCUUGUCACCGGACAUUGGUUUAUGUCACUUCUCUGUGUCCCAUACCUGUACUACAACGUGAGACUGUACCAGCGAAGACAGCAUCUUGUAGAUGUAACUGAAAUCUUCAACUUGUUAAACUGGGAAAAGAAGGAGAGACUUUUCAAGCUUGGUUAUAUCAUACUUCUUCUCUUCAUGUGUUUGUUCUGGAUGAUUUACAAUGCACUAGAAGACGACGAGCAUUCGUUUUAGGUGUUUCUGUUUGUACUUCUUAAACAGCACUGGCACCGGCACUCAGCUGCUCCUGCAACAUCCUGUUUGGAUGGAUUGAAUGAAAGCGCCAUCGAGUUGUUAUACUUAUUUGCUUGUAUUUUAUAAUUCGAGCAAUAUUUAUAACUCUUUUCAGUUUCGAUCACCGGCUUCUCUAAUUUGGUUUAAUUUUGAAGAUGUAAUAUAGUUCAAAUGUAAACUUAUUUCUCAUGUGCUGUGCCCAAGCCCUUUCUUUCAGAAUUGGGAACCUUUAUUUGGGAUUUGAGUCA